UGGGUUUUUCAUUAGAUUCACCGUACGAACCAAUGGCUGUAACCACAUUGACCAUGGCGUCCCCGAUAUAUUUUCCAAAACGCUCCAAUUCUCCCUUAUUUCCCUUGAAGAUGAGGAGUGCGGCAUUGGUGGCAGCCUGUAGGGGAGGGAACACGCCCGAUGCGGUAUUGACGGCGGUGAGGACUGGAAUGGCAACAUCGCCUCCCACGGCGAGGAGAUUAUCGACCCUCUGCCUCAGCGACAUGGCCAAUAAUGAAGGAUGGGGAGAAAAGGUCGGUCGCGCAGCGGAUGGUGACACUCAAGUAGAGGCUGCGGAGUUCACAGCCAUGAGAUUGCCGCAAGGUGCAAUUCAUCCCAUUGCGCGCUUAUGGAAAGUCUUGCGGCAGAUCCCAUCCUCUUAUGCAGAACCAACUCAGAAAUCGAUCCACACCCAUCUAUCUUGGUUCUGCUCUAGGCCGGUGCCAGGCGCAUAUAGUCUACUGCAUGUUCGCCAAAAUGUAUGGUGAUGCACCCCGGAAGCAACAAGAAGAUGGCGGAAUGGGAGGAUUUGGCAUUACCACCGCAGCUAACGACCUUGCCGUGUCACUGUACCCCGGAUGAAGCAGGUAGGCCUGACAUAGGUGGAUGAAUUUGAAUCCUUAUUCUCCGAUCAGGAUUUUGAACACACCGAACCCACGCUACCGAAAAUUUUGUCCAUGGGCUCACCAUGGAACGAUGAUGACAGUACGGUAAGACGACCCCUAUACAGGCAGCAAACCAAUCCCUACAGCUAGCGAUGAUGGACCCUUCGCCCGAACAUGUGGGUCAGAAUGGG